AUGGUAGGAUUUGUAUUAUAUCUUGCUUUUUUUCUGCUGCAGAAGUCAAGAGAGUCGUUCUUGGCCUUUGCGCCUAGCCUGCCUAACUCCAUAGAUGGAAUCAAGUCGGUAUACCACAUGAGAGAUUUCUUGAAUAAAAACAAGGAAGACUAUGACACCUAUGACAUCGUCUACAUGGUUACCGGAAGGGACAUGUUCAUACUGACUGGGCCACAAGUCGACAAAGGCCACUGGGGGUUCGCGUUUAUUGCCGCGCCAUGUGGAUCAAGUAGAGUGGGACUAGGAGAAGACAAGGCAAAUACCUACUUGGGAGUACGUCAUAUGACUCAUGAACUGGAACACAUAAUGGGAUGCCCUCACGACGGCGACCCUGCACCUUCUCAUAUUGAAGGUCCCGGAUCUACAGGUUGUCCUUUUGCUGACGGAUACCUUAUGAGCUAUUACGUACACAAUACGAACCAGUACAAAUUCUCCUCGUGUUGCAAGAACGAGAUGAGCCGUAUGGCCAGGUCGCUACGAGCAAAAUGCCUGCCCAUUAAAAGUGCCAAAUCUAAAGUAAAAAAGAGGGAUAAGAGCUUGCCUGGAGAGGGAGUGCCCAAGACAGCUCAAUGCAAGAGAGCAUUCCCUGAUUUGAAAGAAACGUACCAUAUGAAGGACAAGCCGGUCGUAAAGUGUGGAAUGCAGUGUUUUAUUCCCAAACGACUGUACGGCUACGCUACACACAUCAUGGUUUCACUAAUGGAUGGGACAACAUGCAACAAAAGAGGGCAUGUCUGCAUUAACGGCCGCUGCAGGAAGAAGCAAAAAAGAUAUCUGUCUUAA